AUACUCACCCUUUAAUCUCUCAAAACUCAAAACCCAUUUUCCAUUUUCAAGAUCCAAACUUUACCCCCAAAUUCUUGAUCUCAUGACACCCCAAUUUUCCUAACCCUAAACCCUCUUUCGUUCUUCAAAAUCUUGAUCUCAUUUGGGCAAAAACCCAUCUGGGUAUUGUUAAAUUCUUGCAAAAAUUAUGGCACCAAGCUCUGUGAUUGUCACAAUUGACAAAUCAAGCAACAUCUCAUUAGUAGAACUGAAUGAUUCCGACACAUCUGUGUUUCUUGAAAAGCAGAAAACAGCAAGCACAAAGCAGUUUUCUUGGACACUUUUACUAAAAGCUCAUAGAAUCCUAUGUUUCUUUCCAUGGGUUGCAAUGGGUUUUUCGAAAACCUUAAUUUCCGUUAAAAAAAGAAUUGCUUUAGCAGAUAAUAAGAGAGAUGAGGUUCAGUACAAAGAAAGGUUGAUCUAUAGAUUCAUAAGAGUGUUUCUUGCUAUAUCUAUUGUUGCUUUGUUUGUUGAGUUUAUUGCUUAUUAUCAGAAAUGGGAUUUGAAUUUUAUUCAUGAGUUUAAUCCCACUACAAAUGUGAUGGGACUGUUGCAUUGGUCGUAUAUGGGUUGGAUAUCAUUCAGGGCUGAAUAUGUUGCUCCAGGUAUUAUGAUGUUGUCACAGUUUUGUGUUGUGCUGUUUAUGAUUCAAUCGCUUGAUCGGUUUAUACUCGGUAUCGGGUGUUUUUGGAUCAAGUUUAAGAAGAUAAAGCCCACAAUUGAUGACAGUUAUGAUGUUGAAGAUGCUGACAGUUUUCCGAUGGUUCUUGUUCAGAUCCCAAUGUGCAAUGAAAGAGAGGUGUAUCAACAAUCAAUCGCAUCCGCUUGUCAACUGGAUUGGCCAAAAGACAGGAUCUUGAUUCAAGUUUUGGAUGAUUCAAGCGAUGAGCUUUUACAAAUGUUGAUCAGAAAUGAAGUGAAUGCAUGGAGGGAAAAAGGGGUUAACAUAAUUUACCGACACAGAUUCAUAAGAACAGGAUACAAAGCUGGAAAUCUUCAUUCGGCUAUGUCGUGUGAUUACGUCAAAGAUUACGAAUUCGUUGCUAUUUUGGAUGCAGAUUUCCAGCCCAACCCUGAUUUCCUUCAACUCACAGUCCCUCACUUUAAGGGGAAACCGGAUGUGGGUUUGGUUCAAGCCAGGUGGUCCUUCGUAAACAAAGAUGAAAAUUUACUUACAAGACUACAAAACAUAAAUUUAUGCUUCCAUUUUGAGGUUGAACAGCAAGUGAACGGCCACUUUCUCAGUUUCUUUGGGUUUAACGGGACCGCUGGUGUGUGGAGGAUCAAGGCUUUGGAAGAAUCCGGUGGCUGGCUUGAAAGAACCACGGUUGAGGAUAUGGACAUUGCGGUUCGAGCCCAUUUAAAUGGAUGGAAAUUUGUUUAUUUGAAUGACGUUAAAGUCCUUUGCGAGUUACCUGAAUCUUAUGAAGCUUACAAGAAACAACAACAUAGAUGGCAUUCGGGUCCUAUGCAACUUUUUAGACUUUGUCUCCCUGCUAUCCUUAAAUCCAAGAUAUCGAAGUGGAAAAAGGCGAACUUGAUCUUCCUGUUCUUUCUUUUGAGAAAGCUAAUUCUACCGUUCUACUCGUUUACACUCUUCUGCGUAAUCCUCCCGUUAACGAUGUUCAUACCAGAAGCCGAAUUACCUAUUUGGGUCAUAUGCUAUGUCCCCGUAACCAUGUCGAUUCUCAACAUCCUCCCGGCACCAAAAGCAUUUCCAUUCCUAAUGCCAUACUUACUAUUCGAAAACACAAUGUCCGUCACCAAAUUCAACGCUAUGGUUUCCGGUCUGUUCCAGCUCGGAAGCGCGUACGAAUGGGUCGUCACCAAGAAAACCGGCAGGUCAUCGGAAUCCGACCUGCUAGCUUUCGCAGAGCGAGAGUCAAAGAGCUUCAAAGAAGACAAAAUCCAAAGACGGUUAUCGGAAUCCGGGCUCGAAAUGUUGGGAAAACUAAAAGAACAAGAAGCUCCGGUGGAGCCCAAGAAGAAGAACCGGAUCUACCGAAAAGAACUCGCGCUGGCGUUUUUGCUGUUGACUGCUGCUACGAGAAGUCUUUUAUCCGCACACGGGAUCCAUUUUUAUUUCUUGUUGUUUCAAGGGCUUUCAUUUCUCGUUGUCGGGUUAGAUUUGAUCGGUGAGCAGGUGGCGUAAACGGUUGUUGGAACAUGGGUCUCGCUAAACGGUUGUACGCAGUUCGGUUUAAGAGGACUGUGGUGGUGAAUAUAGCAUGAUGAUGAUACUUGAGACUUGAUAUUAGAAAUGAUUUUUUGUGUUAUUGUAUAAUUAAUUAAUUAAUUAAUUAAUCCGAAUUGGAUGAUUAAUAUGGAUUUAACGGGUGAAUUACCACUUAAUACUCUCUGGCUCGAGGAACCAAUUAGGAGCGAGCUGUAUACAUUGUACGUGUAAUUUAUAUAUAAUUUAAUUAAUUGGACU